AUGUUACAGGAUCUCUUGAGAAUCGACAAGAUGGACGACAGAUGGAUGUGCAACAAAACCAACACCGCCUACAUUUCGCGACGGAACCUCCUCUCCACGAAUGACGAGUGUACCGUCAUUCAUCUGACGUACGUCGCUCCUUCUGCACUUGGUUUCCUGCAGAGCAAUCACGUGAAAUUUGAUACGCUCUGCAGCUCCGAGAAGGGCAUGCAGGUCGGCGUCUGUGGAAACUGUUCUCGCGUUGUAAGUACACAGUCUGAGACAGUCUCCAUGGCGAGUCGUCGUCGCCAAACCUAUAUGGAUCAGGGAACCACCUUGCGACAUUUUGCCAAGACGGUGGUGAAUCUUAGCAGUGGUUUACUCUUAGCUAGGCUUCCGAUUCCGAGAAGUCGGAAUGUCGGAUGUGUCGAACUCCUUCUCAGCUUGAGAGACCCUGCCGGAGGACGAACAUCCGCUGUGCAUCGCAGUUCGACGCCCAGCGUCACCUCCACGCCACUAUUAGGCGGUAAACCGUUGUGGAUGGAUUUUUUGGCCGAAUGUUUCUAUGAGUACGGACUUUUUAUCAGCAAACAUCCACGUGCAUUUGCACUUGGGCCACUAAUUUUAACAUGUAUUCUUGCAUUGGGAGCAUUCAACGUCAGAAUGGAGGACGACUUGCGUUUCCUGUAUUCACCGGAACAUUCCAGAUCUAGAUUAGAAUAUCAGGUUCAUAAAAAUUUCACAGGAGCAUCAUCAAACAAGUAA